AUACGUCAUUUCCCAUAGCGCCGAGGAGCUCUUCCCUCUAGAUAAAUAGGUGUAAGUUUUGUCGACGUGAUCGCAUUCCGCGGCCUCCGAGCUAGACAAAGUAAAGAACGGCCGCGCACGGACCCGCGGGACACGGCGAGGCGUAGUCGCGAUAUCCCCGUUUGCCCGUCCGUCAGACCCCGGCCUGCCUCGCAGUCAUGGAAAUAAUAAACGCCGAGAGCAGCAGCGGGCCGCGUUCAUUAUUUCCGCCCCCCUCGCUCUCCAAUGACGAGCGCCGCGACAGUCCCCUGUCGAUCUCUUGCAACUGGCAGGUCAGCAACAACAAGCAGCUCAUCGACGCCGUCACCACCGCGUCGAUCAAGUACGCGCCCGAACGGGUAAGCUGCGAAACCGUAGUCUCUCUGGACACCUGCGUCGCUCUGCAACCGGUGGAUUCUAAUGCGGAGCCGUGCGUGCUGACUAUCGAGGUGUUGAACUGUCAGAAGAUAGCGCGCGUCGCCAUCGUUUCCGAGGGUAACGUCCUGGAGAUCUUCAAGCAAUUCGGGGAAUACGAGGGGACGAUAACGGCAGAGUUCAUAGACGAGUUCGAGAAGAGCGUGGUUUAUCUCGGCGAAACGACGAUACACCCACCUACCACGGAAGUUGGUAUUAAGGUAGGCUGACUUGCCGUUCAAAGCCGGGAUUACGAUGAACUUAAUGUAACGGGACGCGGCGGCACGUUACGUAACGUAAAACCUAAACACAUUGUUUUUAUACGCGGCUGAUUACGAUCGACGUGACGUGAAGUAUCGGAAC